AUGAACUCGUCAGGUUUUACUUGCACACUUUGCACUCAUCCAAUUAUAUCAACUAGUAAUGUGCGAUCUUGCAGUUCAUGCCGAAAGUUUAUUCACUCGGAUUGUGAUUCCGAUUCAUUAAAUGCAAAUACGGUGGAAACGGAAUAUGUUUGUCCAACAUGCCGUAAUUCACCGUUGGUUGCGGAUGCGAUGAUGAUAUCAGCUGGGAAUGGUUCCGUUACGGCAUCACCAACCUCCAUUUCCACUCAUGAUGAAGCAUCACGUAGCAUCCCACUUGACAACUCAUAUUGCAUGGAUUCACCUAAUAGAAGUAGCCCGUUGAUGUCAUUAUCUCAAUUGGAUACUUUCGGCGAUUUUUUCAGCAUCCAUCAAUCUACAGGGCAAGUUCCGUCAAUGUCGCCAUCAGGAUCUACCGCACUGAGCGGACCGAUGUCUUCCUCUAGAGCUUCGCCCGGUUCAUUUCCUGACUUCAGUAAUACUGGCGAUGCGAGCGAUGAGCUGCGAUUUAAUUCCAGAAGAGAAAGAAGUGAUAACUCUUGCACCUUCAGCCGAACUUCGCGUGGUGGUGGAGUGAAAAAGCCUUAUGGCCGUGGAAUAACCCCGCGAACACGUUCACUUGGUGGAGUAAAUGAUUUCACCGAAGUAACUCAUUCGCAUCGAGGAAAACGAGGUGGAAGAGGUGGCAGUAAGAAUGGUAGAGGACGUCGACCAAGGGGCGGUAAGACGUCAGCAAUGUUAGCAAUGGUUAAUGCAGCAGCAGCAAAUCGAGAUGCAGAUCAGGAAAGUUCGGAAAUGGACGAUACUCGUCAUCGUAUGGAAGAGAAUGAUUAUAUCAGAACAGUGGUUGUAACAUGUGCUGAGAACUCUUACUUCUUACAAAUGCCUUUAUGUUUAAUUUGUGGUAGUAUUGGAAAAGAUGUUGAAGGGACAAUGGUUACAUGCGUGACCUGCUCACAAAGUUAUCACACAUAUUGUGUCGGACUACAUGAUAAGCUCAACUCCACACUAAUAAAAAGAGGAUGGCGUUGUUUGGAUUGCACGGUUUGCGAAGGAUGCGGCGAUGGGCAUGACGAAUCCAACUUGAUUCUUUGUGAUGAAUGUGACAUUUCAUACCAUAUCUAUUGUUUGGAACCACCUCUUGAGCGAAUUCCACAUGGCCCAUGGAGGUGUAAAUGGUGUUCAGCUUGUCGGCGUUGUAGUAACCAAAUAUCCAACAUUGCGGAUAAUCAGCAUUUUUGUGAAACUUGCUUUACGCUUCGGAGAUGUCCUAAAUGUUUACGAUUUUAUGAAAUUGGUGAUAGCAUCAUUAAAUGUCAACACUGUGCAAGGUGGUUACAUGGCAAAUGUGAAGAGUUAUACGGUGAUGAGAUGUUUGAAACUGCAUCAGAAAAUGGUUUCCGUUGCUCGCUGUGUCGCCCACAAGGUAAUGUUGUUGGUGACGCUUUCAACGUUUUGGUGUGCGACAAUGUGACAAUGAACAAAUGCGCACUCGAAGUAUUACAUUUACGCUGUGGUGGAGCACUCUUUCGCUAUCCCAGUUCUGCUGAUUCUGUCUACGAUUUCCCAUCGUACUUCUUUGCGCCGAGAUCUCAUUCGUUUGAAGAACCAAUUGAAGAAGACGAUGUAGAAAGUUCUGGCUUUGGAAUGAGUAUAGGAAUGAGUGGUCGCGGUCGAGGAAUGCGAAGCGGUGGUCCUGGUCGGCGAGUAAUGAAAUUGGGUGUUGGUGGAUUUUUUGUAAAGGUACCUCGACAUCGUUUAUUGAAUGCGGAAGACGAGAAUGGUAUAGAAGAGGAUUCUGUAAAACCAAAAAUAAAACGCUUCCGAAAACCAAGGAGAUCGCAACUGGAGGACAAUUAUCCACCAGUUAUUCAGGAAAGUUUUUUUGGUAUGAGACCAGUUGAGGGGAGGUGUUUGUUAGAUGUUGUAGUAGAUGAACCGAAUUUAGUGGAGCAUCAGAAAGCGACUUUGAUUAUCGAUAAGCAAAAAGAAUCCUGUGAAUUGAACGAAAUGGAUUCUGAGGCCUUGCGUGAAAGUGAAAGUCUUUUGGGAAAUAUAACGGAGAAUGACAUUCUUGGCAAUAUGGAAGAAAUUGAUUUUGAUAAUUUGGAUUUAAAUGAACUGUUACUGGAUGGUGAUGAAGAUGAUGACGAUGAUGAAACAUUGGAAAAUGCAUUAAGUGAUAAAAUGGGACCAUGCAGUGAAGAUGGUCAAAUAACUGUUAAUCCUCAUGGUGGUCCUGUGCGAUCUCAGACUUUGUGUUCGGGACAGCAGGCUCGAAGAUUUACGAUUGCUUCAACAAGUAAUCUAACUCAGGGAAGUAUUCGUCCAAAUGUACAUGUGCCUGGUUACAGUCAAACCGGCAUCUACACUCAACCCAGAUCUAACAGUCAGCUGGGUGAUACUUGUACCGAACGAGUGAAUCAAGCAACAGAAAAGUGGGAAGAAGAUGAACCAUUGGGAGAGCGUGCUACGAAAGCUGCUGUUCUUUAUGCGAAUAUUAAUUACCCGCAGUGGAAAGAACAGUAUCCAGAAUGGCCAGAACGUGUGAAACACAUUCAUCGAAUGUGGAGAUCUUUGGAUGCCAGCAGUAGGCAACAGUAUGUAAAUAAGGCAAGAGAAAAUCGAGCAAAUAGAGUUAAGCAGCCGCGGGCAAAACGUAUUACAACGUCAACGGCAGCUCCUACCGGUGUUGUUCGAGCUAUCGUUGGUCCAAAUCGAUAUGGAAUGCUCCCAGGACAAGAGAAUAUAGCAGGAUGUUGUCGUUCUGAAGCAGAAUAUAAUGAACGUUUCAAAGUUCCAACAAUGCCUUAUGGUGGUGGCGAAUGUGUGAUGAGUCAAAAUACGUCUGCAGGUUCCAUAGAAGUCUCCAUGGUUCAUCCUUACGGAGCAGCACAGCAACAUUAUUAUCAUUCCGAACAGGAAGGUGGUUCAUUCGUUAGUGCAUCUCAGCCUAGACCUGCACCGGCUAGAAAUCCGCAGUCUUUAGUUGCGCAUUUGAGCAAAGAAAUUCUAGAUAAUUACAGUUUGCUGCAGAAACGAAGCAAUGAGUUAGCAAAAUAUCAAUUGGCAAUUGAAAGUGAUUUAGCUCGGAUGCGGAAACAGAAGAAAAAUCUCACUGCGAAAAGAAGACAACUGAAUAAAAACAAUCAGCAGUAUGACGCUCAUGGACAACGCAUCGAAAUUGAGUUGAGCGAAACUGACAGACACUCACUUACAACACUUGCCAAUACCAUACCGAUCAGGCAAAAAGAUUUGGAAAACUGUAAGCGCGACAUUAAACUCCAUUCUUCGAAUGUUCGUGAUUUUGAAGUCAAAAAUAACAUACCACCAGAGCUUAUUCCUCAAAUGACACCUGUUGUACAACCUGUUGGCCUACAUGUAAGUGCUGCGCGCGCAAAACAAUCGCAAAGUGGUACACCUCCGACGCCUGAUGAUAUGAUGUCUCCAAACAACGGUAUUCGACCUCCGCCAUCAUAUCCAGCGUUUGGUGUGAUGGGUAACUGUCGACCUUCUUAUCAAUCUAGCGCGAACCAGAUGUCUGAAUAUAAUCAUUCUGCCUAUGGUACAACUCCAAAAAGUGAGACUGAAACUGCGCAAAUAUGUUCGGAUUCUCCAACACCAUCUAACGGUCGACCGGGAUCAUCGAGUUCAACGGAAUGGCAAUAUCGGGGCGGAAGGGGAAAGAGGAAAAGACGUGACGAUGAUCGAAAUGAAGAAUGUAAAAGACCAGCAACGCUUGGUGAUGUUACCGCUGAUACUCUUAACACGCAGUUUGAACGAGAUAUUUAUGAUGUUGUAGAUCGCUUAAUAAUGCAAGCUGUUAUUAUGGUCGAUGGUGCUGAAGCUGCUCGAAAAAGCGGAAUGCUGAAAAGACUUCUAGAAUCACAGAUGAAAAAAGAAUACCCAUCGCAGAGAAAUUCUUUUUCCGGACUGGAGUUCAACAUCCCUCCAAAGCCAAAAAAGAAGCGUUCUCAGCAGAAGAAACUUGGUGUUGGAAAUAGUAACGAGUAUGAAUUAUUGCUGGAACGGAUUUCCACUCAACUGCGUCUUUGCCCCCAACUUCCUCGAAGUGCCAUUGAACCUAUAUCCCGCAUUGGUCGCUCAUCUUAUGCCAUGUUCGGUGUUACCGAUUUGCCAGAUCGAAUAGAUAAACCAUCAAUUAAAGGGAACGAAAUUGGUAAUGUACGACUUGCUUUUAUGGGUGAUUAUUAUACCCGUCUCUUUCAGUGUCCUUUCGAUGAGACUUCACUUUACCACACAAUGUCUGAUUUUACGGCUGAUAUAAAGCUACCAAUUUUAUACAGAACAAGAUGCGUGGCUCCAAGAGGAAUGCAAGAAAGAGAAAAACCUGUAAGUAAAAUGCGAGCGCUUUCGGUAGUUCGUCGUUCGGACUCUCCUCCUUUACGACAGAUUUCGAGGAUACCUGAAUCAGUAGUGCCGGAGGCACCACCAAGGCAUGCAUUUUUCAAGAAACGUGAGUCGCCAAAAAAAGUAGAGGUCAGUAUUGUAUUCGAAGGUCCAGAAAGCAGUCUUGAUGCUGAAGCUGGUUUGAGACAAUUAAUGGUGCUCCUUGGUAUGGAACAGUUGCCAGAUUAUGAAUUUGAUACUCCUCCUCAAACUCCUGAACCUUCAAAACGUGAUCUUGGUGAAAUCCAAAAAAUGGAAUUACCAGUCGCUGAUGACUUUACAUGUCGUCAUUGUGGUGCCUUGACUGAUCAACCUGCUGUAAGACAGACAGCACGCCAACUUGGAAUUAUUGAUCAUGAGCCAAAAGAUGAAACGUUAGCGUUCUGCUCAAUGAAUUGUUACUACAAUUACAUGGCUAAUGCGAAAGCUGCGUUAUCACCAGAGGAUCUUUCGAGAGCGGAACGUUUUAUUGGUGCUGAAACACUGGCCAAACUUCGGCAGGCAAGCGCUGAUAAUUUUGCCAGAUAUCUUCAUCUCGGGAAAGGGCAGUUAGAAUCCCCUGGAAGUUCAAAUAUAUGUUCACCAUUAAGUGACGGUCGCGUUGAGUCGGAUGCAAGGAAUAAUAUUCAGAUAAUUCAAGCUCGAGAGCUAUCAUUAAUGGGUGAUCAGAACAUUCAAAGGGUUUCGGAGAAAAAAUGGAAAGGACAGCUGUGGAUGCAGUAUGAUGCAACGAUUCUAGAAAGUUUCCGUGAAUUAUCAAUUCAAACUCGUCAGAAACAGCUGAUUGCCGAUCUUCAGAGUGUUUUACGUUCCCACUGCAUAGACGUUACAGAAGACAAACGGCAGUGUGCAUUUUGUGGACAGUGUGGAGAUGGAGACUUAGAUAAUUGUGGAAGACUUCUGAAUGCAGAUGCAAACACUUGGGUGCAUGUUAAUUGUGCCUUGUGGUCCGAAGAGGUUUAUGAGACUUCUGCUGGAGCGCUUAUAAAUGUGGAAGAUGCAUUGAGACGGGCAGCAAACGUGGUUUGUUCAGUUUGCCAUCUUAUUGGUGCUUCACUAAGGUGUUACAAACUUAACUGUGAAAAACAUUUCCAUGUUUUUUGCGCUAAAUCAACGAGGGGAAAAUUCAUGAAAGAUAAGACUUUCAUUUGCGAUGAGCAUGAUGAUUAUCGGAAUGACUUGGUACUCGACCAUUUAAAAGCAUUACGUCGUAUUUAUAUUGAUCGUGAAGAAAAUCAGUUGAUAGCAAAACUGUUUCAUAGUGAAGCCGACCGACUAGUUCUACGAGUGGGGAGCCUUAUAUUUAGCCACAUCGGGCAGCUGCUUCCAGAACAGUUGAAAGCGUUCCAUAAUUCAGAUCAUAUAUUUCCGAUUGGAUACAGUGUGAAACGAAUUUUUUGGUCGACAACUGUUGCAACUGAUCGUAUUCAAUAUCAGUGUACAAUUUGCGAUAAAUCCUCAGCACCAGAAUUUGUAAUUUCAUACGAAGAUGGCCAAGAAAUUCGAGAGACUUCGGCAUCGGCUGCCUGGAACCAUAUAUUAAUGGAAGUAGAAAGAACGCGAGAUAAAAACGAUGGAUUAUUGCGUUUAUUCCCAGCGAAUCUUACUGGUGACAGCUUAUUUGGUCUUACAGAAGCAGCUGUUUCAAAAAUGACGGAGUCGUUACCGGGAGUGGACCAGCUAAUAACUUAUACUUUUAAACACGGUGGAGUUCCUCUGAUGGACUUGCCUUUGGCAGUCAAUCCAAGUGGCUGCGCUAGAUGUGAACCGCGGUUUCGAACACUUAUCAAACAUCGUCGCCGUAAUCAACCACCAGCAGCAACUGCUCGGUCGUCCGUUAGUACUGAUGUACUUUCACGUGAUACAAGAACACGUGGUACUAGCAGUUCAUUGUCUAGCGCGGAUCUAUCUACAGGGCGCGUUUCAUGCACUACAACAUUAGAUUGUUACGGCGGACGAUGGGAACCUGGACAACUGAGUACAGCUUAUUAUUCACAGUAUCAGAAAAUGAAGAAAGAGUGGAAAAAUACUGUGUAUCUGGCUCGUUCACGUAUUCAAGGAUUAGGAUUAUAUGCAUCACGAGAUAUUGAAAUGAAUUCUAUGAUUAUUGAAUAUAAAGGCGAAGUUAUACGUAGUGAAGUUGGCGAAAUGCGUGAAAAAAAAUAUGAAGCUCAAAAUCGUGGCGUGUACAUGUUUCGUAUUGAUGACGAAAAACUUAUUGAUGCGACAAUGGCUGGUGGACCAGCACGAUACAUCAAUCAUUCGUGCGAUCCGAACUGCAGUACACGUUUGGUGGAUUCGGGUCCAUGUGGUGAUGACAAAAAAAUUAUCAUUAUCGCUAACAGACCCAUAAGUGCUGGAGAAGAGUUAACGUAUGAUUAUCAGUUUGAUAUCGAAGAUGCGGCUGAUAAGAUUCCUUGUUUAUGCGGUGCACCGAAUUGCCAAAAAUGGAUGAACUGAGACCACUUCUUUUGCAUUUAUAUUUUGCAAAGUUUCCAGUGGUUAAAUUUUGUAAUAAUUUCUCAUGUUUUCUUUUUUAUGCCGCUGAUGUUUCCACUCGUGGAUUUUUUAGGAAUGUAGUAUAGGACAGGAAUGCAUUUUUUUAUGUUCGCCUGUUGUGCAAGCUGUUUUUUGUUUAGUCUUUUUACCUGAAAUCAUUUUUGGAAGUUG